AUGAUGAGUUUAAAAUUACCGCCUCGCGCCGUUGGACAAGUCCAAUGGUUUCGUAUCCAGUCUCGUCAUUCCCUAAGUAGAAAACGCAGUUUUUCUCUAUCCCGGCCUACCUCUUCAAUCGCUACUUAUUUUGAGGAUAUGAAAACACGUGGGCUUGUGCGUUCCUCCUAUCCAUCAAACCUUGACACGAACUUCUUAAAUGAGCUGAGAUCGUUACCACCUGUUAUUUAUGCCGGGUUUGAUCCAACUGCAAAAAGCCUUCACAUAGGUAAUCUACUAGUGGUCGUGAAUUUGCUGAGAGCUGCCCAAUUUGGCAUCCGACCCAUAGCCAUUGUUGGUGGUGCCACUGCAGCUAUUGGUGACCCAAGUGGCAGGUCUUCUGAGCGAGAUUCCCAGAGCAAAGACAUAAUUGCACGAAACGCAGAAAGUAUUUCCGCUCAAUUAAAGAAGAUAGCUCAAAAUGUGCUCGCCAAAGAAAUUACAGUACACGAUAAUAAUGAAUGGUUUGCUCAGAUGACAAUGGUGGACUAUCUUAGAAGCUGCAAACGACUUCGUGUUGGCGAAAUGCUCCGGAUGGGUGCUGUAAAGGCGCGCCUUGAAGACGAUUGCGGUGGCAUAUCAUUUACGGAGUUCAGCUAUCAAACAAUGCAGGCUUAUGAUUGGGCGAUGUUGCUGAAGAAGUACGAUUGCAGAUUCCAGAUUGGUGGUUCCGAUCAGCUUGGUCAUCUAGACAUUGGUGCUCAUUACAUCAAAAGAACUUGUGAUGAAAAAUUUGCUGCAGGCAUCUGUCUGCCCCUGGUCACUGAUAGUGCAGGAAAUAAGUUGGGAAAGUCUACUGGCGGUGAAGUCUGGCUUAGUGCUGAAAUGACGUCACCGUUUCAUUUCUAUCAAUUCCUUCGACAGUUGCACGAUACCGAGGCAGAGCAAAUGUACCGACAGUACAGUCUGGCGCCAUGGGAAGAAGUUUUAGCCAAGGUUGAAGAACAUCGACGGAAUCUAGGCAAGUGGGUGGCACAGGAUGCAUUAGCCAUAGAGCUUACGAGAAUUGUACACGGAAGCGAGGGACUUACAACUGCUCAACGAUGUUCCAGAGCUCUUUUUCAAGGAUCUAUGGAGGAUAUCCGAUCCUUGAGCGAGAAUGAACUUCUUUCUUUAUUUGGCAAUACUGUAAAGGUGCCCAGAAACAACGUAAAAACGAUGGGAGAUUUGGCAGAUCAUACAAGGAGCGAUAAGAUAAAGGGAUCCAUGUUAAUGACCAAAGGAGCGUUCAAGGUGAAUGGAGAGAAGAUAGUUGACAACACUGCUGAGCUGGAUGUUGAAAAGAUUUGUCUUCCUGAAGCCCCUGAUCUUACAUUGAUAUGUUGGGGCCUGCAUUACCGCUGCAUGAGUGUUGGCCGUGCACACACUAAGCUGCAGCGUCUGGUUCUCGAAACUUAUCGAGACUUUCUACGAGCUGCCAAACCACUUGACCCUUCUGUUCGAAAACAAGUUCAGAGGGAGUUUCGAGAGGCGGCUACACGUUUCCAGCCGUCUGAAAGCACGAGCAGGUUCAAGAUGGCGGAUCAUAAAAUUUUGCCAGUAUUUGCAUUUAUUGACGACGGUGACCAACUACAACAACUUCGGGAGUAUCUCAACAAUGUAGGAAAGGCUAAACUUGACCCUAAAGGGCCAUCAGACGUAUCUGACAAUCUGUCCGACAUUUGUUCACAACUCACAGUGAUGGGCGCUUGUCCUCAUCCGGUUGAGGUGGACUACAUUCUGAAUUCCAUUUGUUCACUAAUGGUUUUGGUGCCUGCUGACCGCGCUUAUGAAGUUGUGGGUGCUUUUUGUAAGGCCAUCACCCCAGCACAUUUCAAAGGUCUUGGAUGGAAUAGCAAUGCUGGUCACGCUGUUCAUGUGCUAUCAAAUCUGUUUAGAGGAUUCGCAGCGCAUCCAAAAAUACAGGAGAUCCUCUAUCGCUCACUUGUUGCCAUGUGCUCCGAAGCUCGUAUGAUCAGUGAACUAGACUGCUCAACGGAAACAUUGCAAAAGCAAUUCAAACAGUGGGGAACAUCGUUGGAAGGACAGAGGGACAUACUUCGUCUUGUUCAUGUCGGACUUCUUGAAGAUCUCAAAGCAGACCAGGCAGCCAAGGUUAUGAUCAUGUUAUUGGGCACAUACACUGAAGAGGACGCCGCACAAGCCCGUGAAGAUGCUAUCGAAUGCGUGAGAACCGCUGUUGUAGAUCCAAAAUCCUUCUCAUUUGAUCAUCUUCAACGUCUCUGUGCUGUCAAGGCACUGAAGAAGUCGGACCCUCUUAUGUAUUCUGCACUUGAACUAUUCAUUUCGGGGACGCUUAAAGACUACCGUGCUUUCGUUAAAGCCCAUCCAGAAUUUGUUGGAGACAAGUUGAAGGUUGAUGAAACAGUGCUACUUAAGAAAAUUCGACUUCUUACACUUAUGACUAUUGCUGAAAGUAAUAAUGUCAUUCAACUAGAUAGCCUAGCUGAGGAGUUGGACUUACCAUCGAAUGAUCAGUUAGAAGAGUUUAUAAUUGAUGCCAUUCAAGUGAAUGCCAUAUCAGGAAAGUUGAAUGAAAUGACGCAGACGUUGGUGGUGAGCUCCUUCCAACAUCGACAGUUUGGUCGGGAGCAGUGGCAAACGUUGCAGAAGCGCUUACAAACGCUGGUGAACAACUUGAAGCAGUCCUAUGCGAACAUCCAUAACAUAAACCAACACGUGGAUUCGAUUGCUUAA